AAUACCGAAAGGUUCCCACUUUCACCAUGAAUAAAGACACAGAAAGACAAGGAAAGAAUAAAAAGGAGCAUCCCAUAUUCCCAUAUUUUAUUUUGUCUCCUUAAUUUAUGCAUUAUUUAUUUGUUUAUUCCCUCUUUACCCUCUCAAACUCUGAAGCAAAGUCACGCACCGUCCUCCGAGUCUUCUUCCACUCCCCCCCACCUCCAUCUCUAGUCUAUCCUUCGAAAAGCAAGAAAGCAACUGUAGCUCCAAGGAAAACUACCCCCCAGAAAAGCAGAGAGAGGGAGAUUUUCUUGUAAAAUUAGAGGAAGAAAAAGGCAAAUGCCACCAUCGAAUAUGAACCCAAACCAUCAACCCCACGCCAGAGAAAUGCGUCCGACAGCCAACGGCGAACACCAACACCGCGGCCUCACAGCCCCUCCUCCUCCUCCCCAACGCCACCACCCUUACUACCCUCGCUCUUCCUCUUCCUCGGCCUCGUUCAAAGGCUGUUGUUGCUGCCUCUUCCUUCUCUUUUCUUUUUUGGCCCUUCUCGUCCUCGCGGUUGUCCUCAUAAUCGUCCUCGCGGUUAAGCCCAAGAAGCCCCAGUUCGAUCUCCAACAAGUAGGGGUACAGUACAUGGGCAUCUCCACAUCCAAUCCUUCGGCCUUCGACGGCACUGCCGCCGCAGUCACAACUACCCCAACGACCGCCUCUUUGUCUUUAACCAUCCACAUGCUUUUCACAGCGGUGAAUCCCAAUAAGGUAGGGAUCAAGUACGGAGAGUCUAGGUUCACCGUUAUGUACCGUGGGAUUCCUCUGGGAAAAGCUGCCGUCCCUGGGUUUUUCCAAGAAGCUCACAGUACCAGAAACGUGGAGGCAACCAUCGCCGUCGAUCGAGCUAACUUGAUGCAAGCUGAUGCAGCUGAUUUAAUCCGAGAUGCUUCCCUUAAUGACCGCGUUGAGCUUAGAGUUUUGGGUGAUGUUGGCGCUAAGAUCCGUGUCUUGGACUUCGAUUCUCCUGGCGUUCAGGUGUCGGUUGAUUGUGCUAUAGUGAUAAGUCCCAGGAAACAGUCUCUUACUUACAAGCAGUGUGGAUUUGAUGGAUUGAGUGUCUAAGCAGAGGCCCCCUCCUAACUCAUAUUGGUAACUCAGGGCUUUUCAUUCCCUUUUCAUUGUUCCAUUCUCUGUCUACAAAUGGAUUGAGAAAGAAUAGAAUUAAAAAAAAAAAAAGAAAGAAAGAAAGAAAGAAAAGAAAAGCAUAAGGGAAGGCCAGAAUUCAGGGGAAGAAAGAAAGAACAGUCUCUUCACAUGGUUGGAGUAUUACAGAAGCAAAGCUAAGGCAAAGACAAGAUGAUGAGAAGAUUCUGAGUGGGAAAUCAAUUUUUCCUCCCCCCCACCCCCAAGAUUUUGCUGAUUUUUGUAAUGGUUUCUUCAGUUGGAAGGAAAAUUUUUUUUUCUAA